UUUGCAACUUUAAAUUCCUCCAAAGCAAAAUCAAUGGGAAGAACACCUUGCUGUGACAAAACUGGCCUCAAGAGAGGUCCAUGGACACCAGAAGAAGAUCUCAAGCUCACUAACUAUAUUCAGAUUCAUGGCCCCGGCAACUGGCGUACCCUCCCCAAGAAUGCUGGGCUGGAAAGGUGUGGAAAGAGUUGCCGUCUGAGAUGGACAAACUACCUUAGACCUGACAUCAAGAGAGGAAGGUUUUCGUUUGAAGAAGAAGAGACGAUAAUUCAACUGCACAGUAUCUUGGGCAACAAAUGGUCGGCGAUUGCAGCUCGGUUACCGGGAAGGACCGACAACGAGAUCAAGAACUAUUGGAACACUCAUAUAAGGAAAAGGCUUCUCAGAAACGGGAUCGAUCCGGUCACGCAUGCCCCUCGCCUCGAUUUUCUUGAUCUUUCGUCUAUUCUGAGCUCGACUUUGUGCAACCAGUCGCUUGUGAACGUGUCGAGCUUGUUAGGUGCACAGGCCCUACUGAACCCUCAACUACUGCGGCUAGCCAACACGCUCUUGUCGUUGAAACUAGAGAACCCUGAAAUAUUAUUACAAAGUCUCCAGCAGAACCAGCAGACUUGUAAUGAUUCUCAAGAAAACCUAGCUCCUCCUCCCACGUUACAAUCAAACCAGCUUCAAGUUCAAGCUCAAGUUCAACCCUCGACAUGCUCGACAUCGGCCACUGUUCCUUGCUCUUCGAUGCUAAGCCAAAUGGAACCCAUGAAAGCCGGUGGAGAAGAGUUUUUCUGCUGGCCGAAUUCCCUAGAAACGUUGGGUUCGCAGCCAAAUUAUGUUCGGUGUAGUGCGAAUCCGACGGUUCCUCUAAUAUCUGAAAAUUCGAACAUCCGGUCAGUGGAUGGGUGCAGCCAGAACUUUAACAUGGAUUCUUUGAGGUCAACGCCCAUAUCGAGUCCGACGCCGUUGAAUUCGUCGUCGACGCUCAUCAACAGCAGCAGCAGCGUGGAUGACGAGAGAGAGAGCUUCAGCAGCUUUCUCAAGUUUGAAAUUCCUAAUGGUUUGGAUUUCAGCGAAUUUAUGUAAAUAAUGCAUUAAACAUCAUAGGCUACAGCAUUUAGAG